GUACAUCACUAGAUAGCAUCACAGUCGCAAACGUACGUAACCGUACAACUUUGUGACCGGUGUCCCACCCUCCUCCUGCCAUAAGAGUCCAGUCCUAUGUAGUAGUUCGUGCUUAAAACCACCAGGGUCUCGUCGACGGGGGCAGGUAAUCAACAACAACAAAACAAAACAAACAAGUGUACCGAGCGGUAGACGGUUGUAGUGUGUACCAACUACAACGACAAGUUGCUAGGUGCUGUAUUCAGUAUUGAGCAAUGUAAUCGCGUCCUGUAAAUAAUAAUGCACCUGCCACCUGUCUUAUCCUGUCCACUAUUGGAGUGGUUCAUGCAGUUCCCCUCUCUCCGUUCUCUGUAGCCUGUUCGUUAUUUUUUAUACCGUGAGAUUCGUCCGACUCACACAGUCACACUCGAUACAGCUAACACUCCGGUGAAUCGUAAUACGUAGUACAUUCGGUUAGGUUUUAUUAUUAUCAUUGUCGUCGUCGUCGUUCGUUCGAUCGAUACAUAUUAUACUCGUAUGGACCAGAGUCCAGACGGACGUCGGGCUCGACCGUGGCACUGUGACUUUUUGGCAUUGUCUAUCCAAACGUGAUAUUCGUCCACACGAUGAGUCGUUGUUAUCUAACCGGAAGUGCGAUUGACCAACAAUGGAACGCUUAGCUGGUCGCGAAGAUGCUGCUAAAGAUGACGGCUGCCCGCCACAACGGGAAAUCGAUUGUAAACCGUAGUAAUUGCCCUUAGCCCCGAACGCGUACAUUGAUUUCAUGGAAUUUUGCAAAUAUUUGUUGCUCACCAUUUUCCUGUUUCAAAUGGUUUCGGUUGGAGCAAGACAAGCAUUUGACUUUCUCGGAUUUAUGUGGGGAUCAGUAUUGGCAAACUUUUUUGAACUUUUGUUUAUUAUUUUUGGAAUAUUUGGUGUUGUGCAGUCAGAUGUGUUAUACUUAUUAUCAUAUUCAGCAUGGAGUAUUGUUUGGUGUAUUUGGAAUAUAUUUGUAGUUUUAUAUUAUUUGGAAUUUUCAAUUUUUAGUGAUAGUUUUGAUGUGAUGAGUCUUGGUGCAGAUAGUGUUAGUUGGUGGGAAUCUAAUGGUCCUGGUUGCAGAGUAUUCUUUUAUCCAAAUCACACUGGCAUUGAGGAAGAUGCUAUUAAACCAGUUAGACCAGAUUUGAUCACUGGAUGUGUUAUGGAUUAUCAAAAAAUUGAAACUGCUCAAGCUUCCUUACAAAUACUUUUUGCUGUUUUUGGUAUUAUCUGCAGCUUGUAUGUAUCGUGUUGUUCAAAAUCUAGAGAUGAAGGAAUUUACUACAAGAGUAAGCAACCAAAAACUGUUACACCAAUAUAUUCUAUUGAAUAUAGUUCACGCCGAGGAGAUGAAAUUGAAGAAAUAAGCACUAUCAGUGGCAGUGAAGAUGGUGAUUUGGAUGCACAAAGUUCUCAUAGUAAACCUAUGACUCCUAGACGAGUAAAACGAAGAAGUGUAACAUCAAGGGGUACACUACCUCCUCCACAUCAAGCUCCACCGCCAUAUCUUAGACGUCAAUCUAGCUCUCAAUAUUCUAGUCGAAAACAUAAAAAUCCUGUUUCUAGACUUAUCCAACAACAGUAUUCAAAUAACGGUUUGAACGAUUCUUCGACAUCAAAUGAUUCAAGCCAUCCAUUGUUCCCAGAAUGUCGAGUUGAACUAAGACAUGUUAACAGAGGCAUUGUGAAUCCUGCCUUAGAUACAGAAUCUGAACGUCCAACAUCAGCACGUUCAACAUAUUCAAAUUUCCAUGGAGCCCGAGGACGGCCCAGACAAGUUAGCACUCAUUCUACUUUUUUUGCCCCUUCAGAACAACCUCCGCCGGCUUAUCGGAGCAAUGCUUCUGUUAAUUCUGAAACUGUUAUAUGAUUUAGAACAAAUGCAGAAAAUGUAGUUCAAAGUAGAUACAAUUUUAAGAUCUCAUUUUUAUUUUAAUAAUGUUACUACUUAAUGUAACUAGAAAAAUGGUAGCAUUUUGUUGUUCUACCUUCAUUAUUUAAAGUGUAAUUAUUAGUUUUCUUAUUUGCAUUCAAUGAUUUUUAAAAUGAGGCUUGCAUGAAAGGACACUCUUAUUCCUACUAUUUCACCCAAAGAUAAUUGAAGCAUAAUUAAUUAAAGCAAUAUAAUUGGAUUAUUCAACAUAUAUCAAGUUUAUGCAGUCAUUGUUUUAAAUAUCAUAUACACCUCAUAGAAAAAAAAUUAUAUUGUUACUUAUUACUAAGUAUUAAAAUAAUUAACUCAAUUAAAUGUGCUGUUCAAAAAUGAAAUAACAAAUUUUUUAGAGGUAGGUAAAAUAAAUGCGUUUAGUUUGUAGGUAACACAUCAAACUAUUACUGAAAAAUCG